AUGUGGAGCAGAUCAAUUCCACUCAUCACCGCUGCCUCCGCCUCCUCCCCAGUCUCCCUGCGCGCCCUCCUCCCCAUCCAUGCCCGCGCCAUCGUCCUCGGUGUAUCCACCAACCCGGCCUUCUCCACCAGCCUCCUCGCCGGCGUGGCGCCCGCCUCCCUCGCCUACGCACGCAUGGUGUUCGACGCCGCGCCUGUACGCGAUGCCUACAUGUGGAACACCCUCCUCCGCGCGCACGCCCACUCCCAGUCGUCGCACGCUGCCGACACCCUCGCCCUCUACAAGCGGAUGCGCGCCGCAGGCGUCGCGCCGGACCAUUACACCUACCCUAUUGUGCUUCCUGCUUGCGCGGCUGCGCGCGAGCCGUGGCUCGGACGGGCCGCACACGGCGACGCGGUGCGGUUCGCGCUCGCUGGGGAUGGGUUCGUGCGCAGCGCUCUCAUCGGGAUGUACUUCCAGGAAGGGGAGGUUGCAGACGCUGAGCUGGUCUUUGCGGAGAGCCAUGGCUCGUCCCGGACGGUCGUGUCGUGGACAGCCAUGGUUGCUGGCUACGUGCAAAACUACUUCUUUGGGGAGGCAGUUGCGCUGUUCGGCACGAUGGUUGCCGAGGAUGUCCUUCCGAAUGAGAUCACUCUGAUCAGUUUCCUGCCCUGCUUGCAGGGCCAAGAAUGGCUGUAUGCCGGGGGUUUGAUGCAAACAUUCCGUUGGCUAAUGCGCUCAUCGCAAUGUAUGGGAAGUGUGGGAGCAUUCCCAUGGCAGAAGCUUUGUUUGAGGGAAUGGCAGAUGCUUAAUGAGAAGGUGGGGUUUGAUUGUGUGACUUUGGUCAGUGUUCUGUCUGCUUGCGCACACUCAGGAGCCCUGGAGACUGGCAAAUGGGUGCAUGAGUUUGCCCGGAAUCAUGGGCUUGACACAGAUGCAAGGAUCGGCAAUGUUCUUGUUGAUAUGUAUGCAAAGUGCGGCGAGAUUGCUAGUGCAAGGAAUGUCUUUGACUGUUUGCGUAUGCGGAGUGUUGUGUCCUGGAGUGCCAUGAUAAGUGCAUAUGCUAACCAUGGUGAUUCUGAAGGGGCUCUUAAAAUCUUCUCCCUGAUGAAAAGUGGAGGCGUGAGACCAAAUUCGUUCACAUUCACUGCAGUUCUAGUGGCAUGUGGCCACUCAGGCCUUGUUAAUGAAGGACUUAAGCAUUUCAACAGCAUCCUUUCUGACUACCAAAUGUCGCCUACACUGGAGCACUAUACCUGCAUGGUUGACAUGCUAGGGCGUGCUGGUAGACUUGUCGAAGCAUAUGAAAUCAUCAGGGGAAUGUCUUUGCGCCCAGACAAGUGCGUGUGGGGUGCAUUCCCUGGGGGUUGUAAGCUUCACGGUAAUCUGGAGCUAGCUGAAUUCGUUGCCAAGGACCUCUUCCAGUCAGGCUUCAAUGAUGUCACAUUCUAUGUUUUGAUGUCAAACAUGUACUGUGAAGCUGGAAUGUUGAAAGAUGCAGAAAGGAUGAGAUGGGCCAUGAAGGAGAUGGAACUCAAUAAGACAGCCGGGCAUAGCGCAGUAAACCAAUAG